AGAACGUGAAGUCUCAUCACGUGAUAUGGACGUCUCGCCUCUUACGUGGUUGUACUUUUUGUUAUAAAAACAAAUUACGACAUUAGUCCACUCCCCAGGAUAUUCUUGUCACUGGUACUGUGAGUUUGCUACUCUAAGCAACAAUCAUGAGGGUCUCCACAAGCAAACUCCAGCAGAUGGCCAUCUACACCACCUUGUUGACUGGUGCUGGAUGCGGCACAAUGUAUUACCUUCUGCAAAAGAACUUCUCACGGUCGGACUACCACCGUCUAGCCCUGGAGCAGCUGAAAGCCAACCAGACAGCCAUGGACAGUCUGGGAGCACCACCCCUGAAGGUCCACAACAUCCACCUGUCUGAUCGACACAACCGGGUGGAACCUUACACGGCUGAGAUCAAAAUCCCAGUGACAGGAUCUAAAGAUGGUGGCUACCUCUACACAUCCUCAGUAAGAGACCCCCAGACACUUGGGUGGAAUUUAACUCAGGCAGUGCUGCAGCUUAGAGAGGGUCAGCGUAUUGACCUUCUCACAUUCACACCACCGCCAAAUAAGACAGAAGGACUUGAGACAGGCAACUGGUCCUCCUGAUCUGCUCACCAGUCACCAAAACGACAGUGUGAUGAAGGUAGAACUGCUACAAUUGUCCCCAUGUCAUCAGGCAUGGUGUCGCCAUAGCUUUAGGAAUCGAAGUGUCCUGGUCAUAUUUGAAAAAAGGAAGGAAAAUGAAAAAAGCGCUACGUCCAUAAAAUGUCAUGCAUAUUCAAUUUGCUCAGCGCUGUCCUGAGCAAAAUGUUCAUCCUACUGGUGAGAAUGAGAGGACAAUAACAGAGCAGCAAUUGUGUCAUAUGCAGUGGUAAAAAAACAACAACAUAUUCCUAGUAUAACAUUUCUCCAGAUUAACAAUGUAAAUUGGCAGUGUUGGGGAAGCUGGGGAAGCUACUCUGAAAAGAGUUUACCAGCCACCAAUUACUUCACACUGGAAGAAGUUAAGUAAACUAUAUUACUCAAUCUGUAAUGUCAUAGAAUAUAAAUAGCAAGAACAGAUAACUAUGUAAUAAGAUGUUAACAGAACGUGUAAUUUAUCCUAUUAAACACACAAAAAAAAUGUUGUUUCAGGUGAGAAUUAGCCAGGUCUGAAAAUUAAGUAAAUUCUUGCCUACUUCACCCAUAUUUUAUUUUUGCAAAAAAAAGUAGUGUUUCAUUCCAUUAGUUACCUACACCACUAGAUGGCAAUAAAGUAAUUAACUAUUGAAAACACUACAAAUAUUUGAAUUUAGUUGCACUACCACAAUAUGCAAAAUGUAGUUUAAUUACUAACUGAACCACAUUUAGUUCAGUACACCCCAACACUGGUAAUUGCUUAGUCCAAAGCCAUAUCUUAAUAUCCAGCACUUGAUGGUUCCAGUUGUACUGUACAGUAUCUGAACAACCAGAAAUGUUGUCUCCCAAGGAGGUAUUGUUUUAUGUUUUCAAAUUGAUUUAUUUGGAUGUGACAUUUUACAGUGAAAAUGAGAUCUGUAAAAUGUGGAAAAUAAACGUGGAAAUAAACAGUCAAAUGGCUUUAUACAAGUUAUGAUAGCAAAAUAAAUUGUACUUGUGAAUUCUGAACAUACUGUAUGAACAUUAGGAAAAGAAUGGUAAACAAGCUAAACAUGAACCACAAUAUUAAACAGAAAGUGAAAGAAUGGAACCAACCAAACAACGUCAGGAGUUUAAUUCAUUAAAAUGCAAUGCAGGCAAACAGAUAUAGUUUGGCUUGUGGAGUACAGACAGUGUGGUGUGGUAAACAAUAUACAAUCAGUAAAGAGUCCAUCUACAGUAGAAGUGCUCAUAACCAUCUAUCAGAAGAUUAUCUUCUGUAGGGAGCUGAAUGACUCCUCGAACCUGAAUCGCUUGGAGACGGCCUUCGCAUCCUGAGACAGUCUCUGGGUCGGGCAUCAUCGUUUUGCAUUAUCCUAUGGUGUAGGCAGCCACUACUAUCAACUCAUAAACAAACAAGAAAAUGCACAUCCUGGGGCUGUGUUCCUAGUGGCCAGUGAUUUUAAUGAAGGGAAACUGAAAUCAGUUUUACCCCAUUUCUACCAGCAUGUGACCUGUGCAACCAGUGGCAACAAAACUCUAGACCACUUUUACUCCAGCCACAGAAAUGCAUACAAAGCUCUCCCCUGCCCUCCCUUCAGCAAAUCUGACCAUAACUCCAUCCUCCUGAUUUCGGCUUACAAGCAAAAACUCAAACGAGCAGGAAGUACCUGUGUGGUACAGAAGUGGUCCGACAAAGCAGAUGCUAAGCCACCAGACUGUUUUGCUAGCAAAGACUGGAAUAUGUUCCAAAUUCAUCCGAUAACAUUGAGCUCUUGACCACAUCAGUCACCGGCUUCAUUAAUAACUGCAUCAACGACGUCAUCCCCACAGUGAACGUACAUAUACAGUGCAUUCGGAAAGUAUUCAGACCCGUUGACUUUUUCCACAUUUUGUUACGUUACAGCCUGAAUCUACACACAAUACCCCAUAUUGACAAAGCAUAAACAGUUUAGACAUUUUUGCAAGUGUAUUAAAGUAAAUGGAAUAUCACAUUUACAUAAAUAUUCAGACCAUUUACUCAAUACUUUGUUGAAGCAGCGAUUACAGCCUUGAGUCUUCUUGGGUAUGAUGCUACAAGCUUGGCACGCCUGUAUUUGGGGAGUUUCUCCCAUUCUUCACUGCAGAUUCUCUCAAGUUCUGUCAGGUUGGAUGGGGAGUGUCUCUGCACAGACAUUUUCAGGUCUCCAGAGCUGUUCAAUCGGGUUCAAGUCCGGGCUUUGGCUGGGCCACUCAAGGACAUUCAGAGACUUCUCCUGAAGCCACUCCUGAGUUGUCUUGGCUGUGUGCUUAGGGUCGUUGUCCUGUUGGAAGGUGAACCUUCACCCCAAUCUGAGGUCCUGAGUGCUCUGGAGCAGUUUUUCAUCAAGGAUCUCUCUGUACUUUGCUCUGUUCAUUUUUCUCUCAAUCCUGACUAGUCUCCCAGUCCCUGCCGCUGAAAAACAUCUCCAUAGCAGGAUGCUGCCACCACCAUGCUUCACCGUAGGGAUGGUGCCAGGUCUCCUCCAGGUGUGAUGCUUGGCAUUCAGGCCAAAGAGUUCAAUCUUGGUUUCAUCAGACCAUAGAAUAUUUUUUCUCAUGGUCUGAGAGUCCUUUAGGUACCUUUUGUCAAAUUCUAAACGACCUUUCAUGUACCUUUUAGGAGUGGCUUCCGUCUGGACACUCUACCAUAAAGGCCUGAUUGGUGGAGUGCUACAGAGAUGGUUGUCCUUCUGGAAGGUUCUCCCAUCUCCACAGAGGAACUCUAGAGCACUGUCAGAGUGGCCAUCUCCCUGACCAAGGCCCUUCUCCCCCGAUUGCUCAGUUUGGCCAGGUGGCCAGCUCUAGGAAGAGUCUUGGUGGUUCCAAACAUCUUCCAUUUAAGAAUAAUGGAGGCCACUGUGUUCUUGGGGACCUUCAAUUCUGCAGAAAUGUUUUGGUACCCUUCCCCAGAUCUGUGCCUCUACGGACAAUUUCUUCAUCCUCCCUCAUUGCUUGGUUUUUGCUCUGACAUGCACGGUGUCACUGUAGGACCUUAUGUAGAAAAGUGUGUGCCUUUCCAAAUAAUGUCUAAUCAAUUGAAUUUACCACAGGUGGACUCCAAUCAAGUUGUAGAAACAACUCAAGGAUGAUCAAUGGAAACAGGAUGCACCUGAGCUCAAUUUCGAGUCCCAUAGCAAAGGGUCUGAAUACUUAUAUAAAUAAGGCAUUUCAAUUUUAUUUUUUUUACUACAUUUGCAAACACCUGUUUUCGCUUUGUCGUUAUGGGGUAUUGUGUGUAGAUUAAGGGAAACAUUUCUUUAAUCAAUUUUAGAAUAUGGCUGUAAUGUAACAAAAUGUGGAAAAGGGGAAGGGGUCUGAAUACUUUCUGAAUGCACUGUAUCCCAAUCAGAAGCCAUGGAUUACAGGCAAUAUCCGCACUGAUCUAAAGGCUAGAGCUGCAUCUUUCAAGGAGCGGGACACUAAUUUGGAUGCUUAUUAGAAAUGCAGCACUGCAAACUAUCACGGAUUACAAAGCUGCCCAGACGAGAUAAAUACCUUCUAUUCCCGCUUCGAGGCAUGCAAAUAUGAACCAUGCAUGAGAGCACCAAGACCUUCAAACAGGUUAACCUUCACAAGGCCGCUGGGCCAGAUGGAUUACCAGGACGUGUACUCCGUGCAUGCGCUGACCAACUGGCAAGUGUCUUCACUGACAUUUUCAACCUCUCCCAGACCCAGUCUGUAAUACCUACAUGUUUCAAGCAAACCACCAUAGUCCCUGUGCCCAAGGACGCCAAGGUAACCUGUCUAAAUGAUUAUUGCAACCCACACACUCACAGAUACUUACACUGACUCUCCAACACACACACAUGUAUAUUGACGCCAUUCACACACAGUUUUGUUUUUCUAUCCUUGGGGCGACCAAAAAAUGUGUUCCCUUUCAAAAUCCUAUUUUCCCUAAGCCUAACACUAUACCUAACUAACUAACUUCUAAACCUAACCCCCAACCUUAACCCUAAUUGUAACCCUAAAUCAAAUCAAAUUUAUUGGUCACAUUUGUUUUAAUGAACCUGAGCCUAAAAUAUAAUUUUUCCUCAUGGGGACUGGCGAAAUGACCCUACUUCUCAGAAUUUUCCUUUGAGGACUUCUGGUACCCACAAGGAUAAUGAAACAAAAACACACACACACUUUUACACUGCACAUUGACUCGAUACUGCUUGUAUAUAGCCUUGUUAUUGAUAUCAAUUGUGUUAUUAUUUUCAAAUUUUAUUUUCUUAUUUUUAACGCUGCAUUGUUGGGAAAGGGCUCGUAAGUAAGCAUUUCACAGUAAAAGUAUACAACUGUUGUAUUUGGCACAUGUGACAAAAGGUAGUUCCACGCUAUUUACUACCGAAGUGAGAAAAUGCUCAUUAUCUAUUGUAUUGUAGAUGUCUCUAACCAAAUAGUAUGAGAUAAAUUCAAUUCACAAUGAUAA